CUGCAGCCCUCCAGCUCAAGGCGAGCGCAGUGCGGCCGUCAUGGGCUUUGGGGUGUUGGCCCUCCAGGAUUCCCGACUUUUCCCGGGCUGGUCCCCUGCUGAAGACCCCUGCUUUGCCUAUCUUUGCUGGGUGCCUGUCCCCUGCUGGCCCUGCCGACGCCAACCAACGCCGCCGCCCAGUGCAGAUCUGGAGACUCCGUGGCCCUCGUAGGAGGUUCUUUCCACGAGGGCAGGGAGCUUGUCUGCUGUGUUCUCCAGGACGCUUUCUCCAGGGUCUGGCACAUGGUUACCCUAGAGGCCCCCGUGACCCUCAGACCGGCAGCAUGAAUGACUGGCACAGGAUUUUUGACCAGAACCUGCUGGUCCCUCCCCACACACAGAGAGCACGCCAGCCCCCAAAGGAAUCGACAGCGUUCCAGUGUGUCCUGAAGUGGCUCGACGGUCCGCUAAUUAAGCAGGGUGUGCUGGAGGUGCUGUCUGAGGUGGGGUGCCACCUGCGCGUGUCUCUCUUCGACGUCACCUACCGACACUUCUUCGGGAGGACAUGGAAGACUGCGGUGAGGCCCGCGGAGCCGCUCUCCAGGCAGCCGCCCAGGAUCGUCUUCAACGAGCCCUUGUAUUUUCACACGCCCUUAAACCACCCCAACAUCGUUGCUGUGGUAGAAGUGGUCACCGAAGGCAGGAGACGGGAUGGGACCCUCCAGACUUUUUCAUGUGGCUUUGGAAUUCUUCGAAUCUUCAGCACCAAGCCGGAAUCUCCGACCUCUGCCGCCCAGGACAGACGGUUGAGACUAUAUCACGGCAGCCCCAGAGCCCUCCUGCACCCGCUUCUCCAGGACCCCAUCGAACAAAACAGGCACAUGACCCUCAUCGAGAACUGCAGCCUGCAGUACACGCUGAGGCCGCACCCCGCCCUGGAACCCGUGUUCCACCUGCUCCCUGAGAACCUGCUGGCGUCUGGGCUGCAGCCGAUACCCGGGCUCCUUCCUGCCCACGGAGAAGCCGGGGACGCCCUCCGAAAGCCUCGCCUUCAGAAGCCUCUCACGUGGUACCUGGACGACUUGUUCUUCACGCUCUACCCCUCCCUCGAGAAGUUCGAAGAGGAGCUCCUGGAGCUGCUGAUCGGCGACCACUGCCGGGAGGCGGACGGCCCGCUGGACGGCAGUGCCCUGGAGAUCCUGGAGCGGCGCCUGCGUGUGGGCGUGCACAACGGGCUGGGCUUCGUGCAGAGGCCGCAGGUCCUGGUGCUGGUGCCCGAGAUGGAGGUGGCCUUGACGCGCUCUGCCAGCUUCAGCCGCAAAGUGGGCUCUUCUUCGAAGGCCAGCUCCGGGAACCAGGCUCUGGUUUUGAGAAGCCGCCUCCGACUCCCGGAGAUGGUCCGUCACCCCGCGUUCGCCAUCGUCUUCCAGCUGGAGUACGCGUUUAACAGCCCGGCGGGAGCGGACGGCAACGCGACCUUGGCCACCUCCUUGUCCAACCUGGCGUGUAUGCACACGGUCCGCUGGGCGGUCUGGAGCCCCGCGCUGGAGGCCAGCUCUGGGAGGGCGAUGCUACCUCUGCAGGGUGGGGUCCGGCCCAGCCCCUCACACUGUCUGGUCUAUAAGGUGCCCCCCGCCAGCAUGAGCUCCGAAGAGGUGAAGCAGGUGGAAUCGGGGACAGUCCAGUUCCAGUACUCGCUGAGCCCCGAAGGACAGCCAGGCACGCCCACAGGGCACACCAGUGGCCCCAAGCCAGAGCGCCAGUCCUCCAGGAAGCCACCCACGUCCCCUUCAAGUCCUCCAGCACCACCGCCCCAGGGGCUCGCCGCCCCGCAGGACUCGCCUGUGGGACCAGGGUUGUCACUCUCCCAGCUGGCGGCUUCCCCGCAGUCCCCGGCCCAGCGCCACUCACCCUCUUCCUGGCAGCCCCAGGGCCCCGCACGCUCCCUGGCCCAGCAGGAGUCCCCCUUGGAGGGCAGCAUCUCUCACCUGGAAGCUGACCUGGGGCAGACGUCCUGGGCCCUGGGGAUGCCCGCUGCUGACCAGCUGCGGGAGCUGCCGUUCGCGCCUGUGCACGCCCCGCCCGUCGUGGGGACCCAGGCCAGGAGCUCUGGGGGGAAGCUCUCGCGAGCAUCCAUGGUCCUGCUGCAGUCGGCCGGCUUUCCCGAGAUUUUGGACGCCAAUCAGCAACCAGCCGAGGCCGUGAAUCCUGCGGAUCCUGUGAAAUUCAACCCUCAAAAGGAAGAAUCAGACUGCCUACAAAGCAAUGAAAUCGUGCUACAGUUUCUUGCCUUUAGCAGGGUGCCCCAGGACCGCCAGGCAGCGCCGUGGCCGAAGACCGUGUACUUCACCUUCCAGUUCUACCGCUUCCCGCCCGAGACCACGCCGCGGCUGCAGCUGGUGAAGCUGGAGGAGGCCGGGAGGACCAGCUCCGGCUCCCUGCCCCACAUCCUCGUCCCAGUUCAUAAGGACGGCUCCUUGGAUGCUGGGGCUCCUGGCUUUCAGCGGAAGUACCUGGUGGACCCCGGGUUCCUGAGGCCUGGAGAGCAGCGCUGGUUCGCCCGCUACCUGGCCCUGCACACCCUGCAGAUCGACGUCUGGGACGGAGACGCCCUGCUCCUCGUCGGGUCUGCCGUCGUUCAGCUGAAGCAUCUCCUCCGCCAAGGGCGGCCGGCUGUGCAGGUCUCGCAUGAGCUGGAGGUCGUGGCCACUGAGUACGAGCAGGACGCUGUGGUGUUGAGCGGGGACGUGACCAGGUUCGGCAGCGUCAAGCCCAUCGACGUCCACACGGUGGUGAAGGGCCGGCUGCACCUGACCUUGGCCAACGUGGGUCACUCGUGUGAGCAGAGAGUGAGAAGUCCCAGCUCACUGCCGCCGUCCAGGUCACGGGUCAUCCCGAGCGACGGAGCCAGCGGCUUCCCGGGAGGCAGCCUCCUCACGUGCGGGGGCCCCAGACCAAUGAAAAAUGUGGCCCAGGCGCAGAAGCUGGCUGAUGUGGACAGCGAGCUGGCCGCGAUGCUCUUCACCCCGCCGCGGCAGGGGAGCCGGGGGCCCCAGGGCGCCGGCCGCGAGGGGGAUGCCGUCCGCAGGCGCAAGCUGGAGCGCAUGCGGGCCGUGCGCCUGCGGGAGUGCGGAGCCGAGCCGGGCCGCCGCAGGCCGGGCGCGCUGGCUCAGCAGAGCGUCCGCGCCCAGCACGCUCGAGACCUACAGGUCAUCGCCGCCUACCGGGAGCGCACGAAGGCCGAGAGCAUCGCCAGCGCGCUGAGCCAGGCCAUCACCACACGGCACACCCUCCACGCCUCACUGGGCACUGCCGAGUUCUUCGAGUUUGUGCUCCGGAACCCCCACAACACGCAGCACACUGUGACCAUCGAGAUAGACAACCCUGAGCUCAGCCUCAUCCUGGACAGUCGGGAGUGGAGCUACUUCAAAGAUGCAGCCGACCUGCACACGCCGUUGGAGGAAGACAUGUUCCACCUGCAGGGCAGCCUCGCGCCCCAGCUCUUCCUGCGCCCCGGGGAGACCGCUCACAUCCCCUUCAAGUACCAGACCUUCUCCGCGGGGCCGUCGGCCUCAGCACAGGCCUCUGCUGAGCUGAGAUCUGAGGACACGGAUGCCAGGCCGCCUCGGGAGUCCAGCAUGAUGGCCACCAGGCACGCCAAGGUCUGGUUCCGCGUGAGCAGCGGCAAGCCCAUCGCCGUGCUCUGCCUGACGGUGGAGCCCCGGCCGCAUGUGGUGGACCAGGCCUUCCGCUUCUACCACCCGGAGCUCACCUUCCUGAAGAAGGCCAUUCGCCUGCCGCCCUGGCGCGUGCUUCCAGGUGCUCCCGUAGGAAUGCCUGGGGAGGAGCCCCCAGUCCACGUCCGAUGUAGUGACCCGAACGUCAUUUGUGAGACCCAGAACGUGGGCCCCGGGGAGCCUCGGGACGUGUUCCUGAAGGUGGCCAGUGGUCCCAGCCCAGAGAUCAAAGACUUCUUUGUCACCAUUUACACGGACCGCUGGCUGGCGACGCCCGUCCAGACCUGGCAGGUGCAUCUCCACUCCCUGCAGCGCGUGGACGUCUCCUGUGUCACAGGCCAGCGGACCCGCCUGUCCCUUGUCCUCCGGGGGACGCAGACGGUUAGGAAAGUGAAAGCUUUCAGCUCACACCCCCAGGAGCUGACGACGGACCCCAAAGGUGUCUUUGUGCUGCCCCCUCGCGGGGUGCUGGACCUGCACGUGAGCCUGAGGCCCCACCGGGCGGGCAGCCGCUUCGUCCACCUCAACCUGGUCGACGUGGACUUCCACCAGCUGGUGGCCUCCUGGCUCGUGUGCCUCUCCUGCCGCCCGCCCCUCAUCUCCAAGGCCUUUGAGAUCACGCUGGCGGCUGGGGAAGGGAAGGGCGCCAGCAAGCGCAUCACCUACACCAACCCCUACCCCUUCCGGAGGACCUACCGCCUGCACAGUGACCACCCGGACCUGCUGCAGUUCAAGGAGGACGCUUUCCAGGUUGGGGGAGGUGAGACCUACACCAUCGGCCUGCGGUUUGCGCCUAGUCAGAGAGCCAGGGAGGAGGAGAUCCUGAUUUACAUCAACGACCACGAAGACAAAAACGAGGAAACGUUCUGCGUGAAGGUCACCUACCAGUGACGGAGCUGCCGGGGCCAGCAUGGCCCCACGCAGCCGCCCAGGGACUGGCUCCUGCCUGGGAACUCGGUGCCCGGGUGCUCCCCUCACAUGACCCGCCCGGUGGCCCAGGAACUUGGAGGGAGGACGGCCCUCCCGCUGGGUGGUGAGGCCCAGCUCCAGUCAGGAUGCUGCGGGUACCCGCUGUCUCUGCCUGAUGAUCUGCGUUCAGCAAGAUGCAUUUCGUGCAUCAUUUUAAGUGAUAAAAUUAUGGGUUUUUUUUUACUGCGUUUUAUACAAACUAUAUUAUUUGCUAUGUAAUAUUUUAUACUGGGGUUAUUUCAUAUAUUUUAAAGUUGUAUGAAACACUAAACUUUUCCACGUUUUCCCUUUCGGCAACUUUCUUGAGUGUUUUCUGCUGUUGUCACCAAUCUCAGAGGUUUUCUGUCUGUAGCACAAGCUUGGUUUUCCCUGGAGGACGACGUGGCUGAGGGACAGUUGGGUGGCCCGUGGCUUGUUGGCUUCUGGGAGAAUCUGCCGGGUCCUGACCUGGGGGGAGGGCACCUCUGACCUCUGCUUCUGUCACACCUUCUCUGCUUCUGGUCCCCCUGCCUCCCUGUAAGGCCCUUAUGACGAUGUUGGGGCCCCAGGAAGAUUCAGGGUAACAGUUCCGUCUCAAGACUCAAUCUCCUUUACCGUGUGAGGUCACAGUCCCAGCGUCCAGGGAUUUGGUCAGGCGGGGCUGGGGCAGGGAGGA